AUGCCUUUCAGAUUCCCGGUGCAUUUCGAGAUCCCCAAGCACUCAUACGUGAAUGCCAGAGUCAUCAGGGACCAGUUCAAGAGAAUCCAAUUUGCCGAACAUGAAGUGACCAGAAAUGCGUUGAAGUACAUUUCCAGAAACACCGAGUUGCCAGCCAGAGCCAGAUUGGAGGCCCAGUUACAGCUUGCUGCCAUGCCAAAGUACACUGCCUACAACCAAAUCAAGAACAGAUGUGUUGCCACCGGUUGUGCCAAAUCCGUCAUCAGCGACUUCAAGCUCAACAGAACUGCUUUCAGAGACAGAGCCAGAGCUGGUGUCAUUCCAGGUGUCAAGGUUGCCUCGUGGUAG